UACAUUUUACCUUUGGCGUAUUAUUCUGUUGCUCACCUUUGGACUAUAAACAGACUUUCCUUAUCCUCGAAUGACUUGGACUUUAACCUGAUAUUUCCUGUUUAUGCUCAAAUACUGGACUUGCAACCAUCAUCACUGCAAGGAAAAAGAAGGUGACUGCAUCGCUAUGAACCCGCUUCUUUAAUUCACUUAAGAGACAGAUUGUCCUUCAGGCCUGACGGGAUCCGCAUUACUUCUCGUGGGUCUGUUUAAAAUUGGAACCUCGAUGUGCAAAAGCUCUGACUGUUUACAUCUGAUUGAGCGGAGGCAGCUCUCGUAGCUGCAUAUUUGGACAAGAUGAUGGAAGAGGUGUCCAUGGUCAAUGCUUACGAUGCCCAUGCAAUCGAGCAGAUGAGCGAGGAGGAGAUUUUUGCCUGUCUAGAGUCUGAAACGGGACCUAAAUUCACAGUACCAACAAAGAAAGCUAAACUGAAGGAGUGCCGGCUUCAAAUAAUGGAUGACGAGGAAGACACUUUGGACAAAUAUGUGAAGGAAAACCGUCAGCUUCAGCAGGCCAGCCUUCGUCUGGAGCAGGAAAAUGACAAUCUGGCCCACAAAUUGAUCACCAGCAAGGUGGCCCUGAGGAACACUCUAGACAAGGUGGAGGACAGAGUGGACGAACUAACCAAAGACCUUAUGGAAACUAGACAGCAACUGCAGAUCACAGAAGAGGAGAAAAGAGGGAAAGAGGAGGAAGCUGCCAUGCUGAAGGAAGUGUUUCGGAGAGAAAUAGAAAAGGCCGAGCAGAAACUCAAAAGGUCGUCUGGUAUCAUUGCAGACUACAAACAGAUCUGUUCUCAGCUGACAAACCGCCUUGAAAGCCAGCAAGCCGCCCACAGAGAGGAGAUGGAUUCACUUAAGAGUGCAAUAAAAGCUUGCUCCCACUGUCAACACAUCAUGAAUUCAGAUGAAACGUCCGAUAUAGGUCGGGACUCAGAAACGGCUGCGCAGACGGAAGAUCAGAAAGUGACUGAACAGGGCGUGGAGGAGAAGGAUGAAGAUCCCACGCUGGAGGAGCAGAGGAGGAGGGAGCAGGAAAAGGAGCUCCUCAGGGCUCAGAUUGGGGAAUUGGAAAAGGAGCUGGUCCAGACCAAACUCCAGAUGGUGGAGGCCACAUGCAAAAUCCAGGAGCUGGAGCACCAGAAGGGAAUCUUGACCAGUGAUCUGCAGGAAGCAAAGAACAGCUGGAUCAGCAAGGCCUUCACCUCGCUGCGGACCUCCAGCGAGGGGCUUCACAGUCUUAACAUACACAAAGCCGGGACUCACACAAUGGGUUGGAACGUCCACAGUGCCUCCCUCUCUGGAUGGAGCCCCAAGAAGCUAUCGUGGCCUCACAGAGUCAAUCGAGAAAAUGUUUGAGAGCUUGGACUGUGAAUGCGCAGUUGACAUAAAACUGGACACUAGAGGGGGGUUAUACCUCUGCUGAAGUAUGACUUUAUUGCCUGAGUGAUAACCAAAGACUGUAUAUACAGAAUGAUUUAAACCUGUACCUGCUGAUUCCUAAUUUGUGCACUAGAUGGCAGUCAAGACACCAUGAGCUGAGGAGAGUACCAGAGAGCACUGACAGUUGAUAUGAAGUAGGGACUUUCUUGGCUUUGCUGAUUUUGUCUUUACUGAUAAGUUUCUUUGCAUAUUUGUAAAUCUGUGUGAGUCUCCUGGAGACCAGUAUUUUCGUUUGUGCCAUA